AUGACUCUCAUUCAACUUAUCCAUCUAUUCAUCCAGAUGACCUUCUCAACGGGGCAACUAUUAUUUCUGCUUUUCUUCGCGAUACAACUAAUCGCCACAAAAGAAAGUCCCGAAAAUUCAGAACACACUUCAUAUCAUCCACGGAGGAGGGUCGUAUAUCGAACCACUCCAUCACCAUUUGUUCUCAAAUGCGUUCACGGUGAAAUGAAAGAUUCGGGGAGAUGCGCAUGCGAAGAGGAAUAUGUUGGAAAGCAUUGUGAAAAGAAGAAAAAUUGUGCCACUUUUAGAAGAUAUCGGAAUGGAACUUGCCUUUCUUGUAUCAAUGGUUAUGCUGGGCCUUUCUGCGAAGAUAUUAUGUGCGAUCAUGGAGAAGUCGAUCCAACAGGACUUAAAUGUCUUUGUGAAAAGCCCUGGGUUGGUGAAUUCUGUUCAGAACUUCAAACGGAACGAGUUUUAUCCUAUUACAACAAUAAAGCUUAUAUGAUGGGCCCAUUGGGAGCAUUGAGCAUUAUUCCAAUGGGAUUAAUUCUAUAUUUCUGUGAGAAAAUGGCUGAAAAGAGACAGCUAAAACGAGUUCACGAACAAAUGGGCGAAGAUCAUGAUCGACGAGUGCUUGAAAGAUUGUUGAAGAAAGAAGAUGAUCCCGGUGUUUUUGAACAAUUAUUGAAAAAGGAAGAGAAAGAUGAGAAAGACGAAGAAAAAGAAGACUCUAUUGCCAGCAAUGUU